AUGGCCCAAGCCGCCAAACACCUCCGUAAAAACAAGGAUCUAGAAGCGCAGUUGGAGCAGGAGCGCAAGGAGAAGGAGGAGGAGAGGAGCAAGAAGAGGAGUCGCUCGCGGGACAAAAAACGCAAGGCAGAUGCUGGGAACAGUUUUCUCCGAGCGGCGCGUUCGGGAAACCUGGAGAAGGCUCUGGAUCACAUCAAGAAUGGCAUCGACAUAAACACAGCCAAUCAGAAUGGGCUGAACGGGCUGCACCUGGCCUCCAAAGAAGGUCACGUGAAGAUGGUGCUGGAGCUGCUGCACAAUGGGAUCACCCUGGAGACCACCACCAAGAAGGGGAACACAGCCCUGCACAUAGCGGCUCUGGCAGGACAGGAGCAGGUGGUGACUGAGCUGGUCAACUACGGCGCCAACGUCAAUGCCCAGUCCCAGAAGGGCUUUACGCCUCUCUACAUGGCCGCUCAGGAGAACCAUCUGGAGGUGGUGAAGUUUCUGCUGGAGAACGGAGCCAAUCAGAGCAUUCCAACUGAGGAUGGCUUCACUCCUCUGGCUGUGGCGCUGCAGCAGGGCCAUGAGAACGUGGUGGCUCUCCUCAUAAACUACGGCACCAAAGGCAAAGUGCGACUGCCCGCUCUGCACAUCGCCGCACGCAACGAUGACACGCGCACCGCCGCUGUCCUGCUACAGAACGACCCCAACCCGGACGUCCUGAGCAAGACGGGCUUCACUCCUCUGCACAUUGCUGCUCACUACGAGAACCUGAACGUGGCCCAGCUGCUGCUCAACAGAGGAGCUAACGUCAACUUCACCCCAAAGAACGGCAUCACACCUCUGCACAUCGCGUCCAGAAGAGGCAACGUCAUCAUGGUGCGUCUGCUGCUGGACCGAGGAGCACAGAUCGACGCUAAGACCAAGGACGAGCUGACUCCUCUGCACUGCGCCGCCAGGAACGGUCACGUGCGCAUCAUCGAGAUCCUCCUGGACCAUGGAGCUCCCAUCCAGGCCAAGACCAAGAACGGCCUGUCUCCCAUCCACAUGGCGGCGCAGGGGGACCACGUGGACUGUGUGAAGCAGCUGCUGCAGUACAACGCAGAGAUCGAUGACAUCACUCUGGACCACCUGACCCCUCUGCACGUGGCCGCGCACUGUGGCCACCACCGCAUGGCCAAGGCCCUGCUGGACAAGGGAGCCAAACCCAACUCACGCGCACUGAAUGGCUUCACUCCGCUGCACAUCGCCUGUAAGAAGAACCACCUGAGAGUGAUGGACCUGCUGCUCAAACAGUCUGCGUCGCUGGAGGCCGUCACUGAGUCUGGCCUGACCCCUCUCCACGUGGCCUCCUUCAUGGGCCACCUGAACAUCGUCAAGAUCCUGCUGCAGAAAGGAGCCUCGCCCAGCGCCUCCAACGUGAAAGUGGAGACUCCUCUGCACAUGGCGUCCAGGGCGGGGCACAUCGAGGUGGCUGAGUUUCUGCUCCAAAAUGGUGCACCAGUGGACGCCAAAGCCAAGGACGACCAGACACCGCUGCACUGCGCCGCUCGCAUGGGCCACAAAGAGCUGGUCAAGCUGCUCCUGGACCAAAAGGCCAACCCCAACUCCAGCACCACGGCCGGACACACGCCCCUGCACAUCGCCUCCAGGGAGGGCCACGUGCACACUGUCCGCAUCCUGCUUGACACGGACGCGCAGCAGACCAAGAUGACCAAGAAAGGCUUCACUCCUCUCCACGUGGCGUCCAAAUACGGAAAGGUGGACGUGGCUGAGCUGCUGCUGGAGCGAGGAGCCAACCCCAACGCAGCAGGGAAGAAUGGUCUGACUCCUCUGCACGUGGCCGUCCACCACAACAACCUGGACGUGGUCAACCUGCUCGUCAGUAAAGGAGGCUCCCCCCACAGCGCCGCCCGGAACGGCUACACGGCGCUCCACAUUGCAUCGAAGCAGAACCAGCUGGAGGUGGCCACCAGCCUGCUGCAGCACGGGGCCUCUGCCAACGCCGAGUCCCUGCAGGGGGUCACUCCUCUGCACCUGGCCUCUCAGGAGGGACGACCGGACAUGGUGACGCUGCUCAUCUCCAAACAGGCCAACGUCAACCUGGGCAACAAGAGCGGUCUGACCCCGCUGCACCUGGUGGCUCAGGAGGGGCACGUGGGCAUCGCAGACAUCCUGGUCAAACAGGGAGCGUCUGUCUACGCUGCCACAAGGUUGGGAUACACCCCCCUCCAUGUGGCCUGUCACUAUGGAAACAUCAAAAUGGUCAAGUUUCUCCUGCAGCAACAGGCCAACGUCAACAGCAAAACACGGCUGGGCUACACCCCCCUGCACCAGGCCGCUCAGCAGGGACACACGGACAUCGUCACCCUGCUGCUGAAGCACGGAGCCCAGCCCAACGAGACCACCACAAACGGGACGUCAGCUCUGGCCAUCGCUAAACGUCUGGGCUACAUCUCUGUCAUCGACGUGCUCAAGCUGGUCACCGAGGAGAACAUGUCUAUGGUCAGAAUCACACAUAAGCACCGCAUGAGCUUCCCUGAGACAGUGGACGAGAUCCUGGACGUGUCUGAGGACGAAGGAAUUGCACAGCUCACAUUAGGCGAGGAGCCCGGGACUGAAGUGGCCAGGUACAUGAAGACGGAUGACACCAAAGACCAUGACGACGAUUUCCUCUCCCCCAAGAAAUCACUGGAGUACGAGAGAGGGCUGGGCACAGCGAACUACUCCCCGGCUCUGCCCAGGAUCCCCCGAGUGUCUCCAGAGACCGUCCACCUCAAAGAGCACGAGAUGGAACAGCAGCACACUCCUCUCCCACUGCCCAAAGAGUACGACGAGGACUCCCUGAUCCCCAGCAGCCCGGCCACAGAGACAUCUGAUAAUGUCAGCCCUGUGGCCAGCCCCAUACACACAGGGUUCCUGGUGAGCUUCAUGGUGGACGCUCGCGGGGGUUCCAUGCGCGGCAGCAGACACAACGGCCUGCGGGUCAUCAUCCCUCCUCGCACCUGCGCCGCGCCCACCCGCAUCACCUGUCGCCUGGUCAAACCGCAGAAGCUCACCAGCCCCCCGCCCCUGGUGGAGGGAGAGGGGCUGGCCAGCAGGAUCAUCUCUCUGGGUCCGGCCGGCAUGCAGUUCUUAGGGCCGGUGAUAGUGGAGAUCCCUCACUUUGCUGCUCUGGGCCGAGGAGAUCGAGAGCUGGUGGUGCUGCGCAGUGAAAAUGGCUCCGUGUGGAAAGAGCACCGCAACCGCUACGGAGACGAGGUCCUGGAGACGAUCCUCAACGGCAUGGACGAGGAUCUGGAGAGCCAGGAGGAGUUAGGGAAGAAGAGAAUCCGCCGCAUCAUCUCCACAGACUUCCCCCUGUACUUCGCCGUGGUGUCCCGCGUGCAGCAGGAGAGCGAUCUCAUCGGUCCAGAGGGCGGCUCGCUGACUAGUAAGCUCGUGCCGCAGGUCCAGGCCACAUUCCCGGAGACGGCGGUGACCAAGCGGGUGCGGCUGGGGCUGCAGGCCCAGCCAGUUCCGGACGAGCUGGUAGCCAAACUUCUGGGGAACCAGGCUAACUUCAGCCCGGUGGUGACUGUGGAGCCUCGCAGGAGGAAGUUCCACCGGCCCAUUGGUCUGCGCAUCCCCCUGCCCCCCUCCUGGAGAGAGAGCCCCCGGGACUCUGGGGAGGGGGACACCACCAGUCUGAGGCUGCUCUGCUCCGUUAUAGGGGGAACAGCUCCUGCACAGUGGGAGGACAUCACAGGGACCACACGCCUCAUCUACGCCAACGACUGUGCCAGCUUCACCACCAAUGUGUCUGCACGGUUCUGGCUGGCAGACUGCCCCCGCACCGCUGAGGCGGUGUCCUUCGCUAACCUGCUGUACAAGGAGCUGUCGGCAGUACCAUACAUGGCCAAGUUUGUAGUGUUUGCCAAGAUGAAUGAAGUGCGCGAGGGACGGCUACGCUGCUACUGUAUGACUGAUGACAAGAUGGACAAGACUCUGGAGCAGCACGAGAACUUCACUGAGGUGGCCCGCAGCAGGGACAUAGAGGUGAUGGAGGGGAUGCCUCUUCAUCUGGAGUGUUCUGGAAACCUGAUUCCAGUGAGGAAGGCCACAGCUCAGCCACGCUGCUUCAGCUUCCAGGCCUUCAGGGACAACCGGCUGCCCGUCUCUGUCAAGGUCCGAGACAGCAGUAAAGAGCCUGCAGGCCUACUGUCUUUUUUGCGUAAAACCACAAAGUAUGAGGACAGCCAACACGUCCUGUGUAACCUGAACAUCACCAUGCCUCCGUGCAUUAAGAUGAUGGGGAGUGAAGACCGCCGAAGAACCCUAACCCCCCUGGCUCUGAGGGAAAGAUACAGCGCCCUGAACGAGCCGGCCAUGGCCUCGAUGAGCGCCAUGGAGCGCACAGAGCUCAAGAUGGCGGUGAUCGCAGAGCAGCUGGGGCUGAGCUGGGCCGAGUUGGCCCGUGAGCUCCAGCUGAGUGUAGAUGACAUCAACAAGAUCCGAGUGGAGAACCCCAACUCUCUACUGGAACAGAGCUCAGCCCUGCUCAACCUGUGGGCCACCAGGGAGGGCAAGAGGGCCAAGAUGGAGAGUCUGUACGCUGCACUCAAGAGCAUCGACCGCAUGGACAUAGUGAACCUGCUGGAGGGUCAGCCGCCCCAGCCCAGCAGACAGUCCCGGGACAUGAGCCGGCGCAGACAUCCAGACAGAGAGCACCUCUCUCCGGGUAUGACCAACGGUUACGGGCUGGCCCAGGAUGAGCUCCUGUCCCCCGCGUCCAUGCAGUACAGCCUGCCCUCACCGCUGGGGGCUGAGCCCUACUGGCAGGAAGUGUCCAGCAUGGACUGUGCGCCCAUCGCCACCACUGAAGAGGACACACUGAUGGAGAUGUCUGACGUGCAGGUGUGGCCUUCAGGAAACAGCCCCUCGCUGGUGCAGGUAGAGGACUCUUCUCUGGAGUGCAGUAACGCAGACGACUCGGAGGGUCUGCUGGGCCUGCCCUACGGCAGUCUGGGACGACCUGCCAGCCAGGCCAGUGCAGCCAGCGGUGGGGGCGGGGGGCUGAGCUCCAUCGAGCUCCCGGAGGAUGACUCAGAGAUGGGCGUAGACUCGCUCAGCACUACCACUCCGGCCUCACUGGGGGGCACCAUCGCCGGCAUGAGCUUAAACUCCAUGGGUCAGGGGUCAGAGAACAGCUCGGAGCUGUCAGCGCUCACCGGUCAGACAGGAGACGGAACAGGAGGAGGGACCCCGGGCUCAGAAAAAGCCUCUCUCAUUACAGGACAACAGCGGGUGUAUGCACGCCUCAGCGAGUCUCCUGGACUCAGCUGUGUGCCUGACCGCAACGGAGACAGCGGGGGCAGUGGAGGCAGCGGGGGCAGCGGUGGCUCCUUCUUGUCCUACCUCCAGGAGCAGACGGGUCAGCCCUGGACCCCAGUAACUGACCCCCAGGCCUGGGUGGGGUCUCAGCCUAAAGUGAGGCAGGCCAUGGAUGGUAUGAUGUCCUCGGUCCGAAACGCCAUGGAGGUGGAGCACAUGGCUCAGGAGGCCCUUCUGCAGCCGGUGAGGGACAUGGGCCACUCAGAGAUCCUGCAGGGACACUUCAGAGGGACACAGCCGUUUGAGAAGGGCCUGGGCUUCCCUCACAGAGUCCCUGAGCUCCGCAACUGGGACCACAUGCGCCUCAAAGGACAGGGUGACGAGGCGGACAAUCUCCCCGGGGAGCAAGUGAGCGAAGAACACUUCACAGACGAACACGGAAACAUCGUCACGAAAAAGACUGUGAGGAAGGUGGUGCGGCGGGGCAAGGGUGAGGAGGGGGUUCAGGACAUGACAGAGGAGGACCCCAAUGACCUGGAGACCGAGCAGUACAUGAGCUACGCCAUCCUGGGCCGAGACAGCAGCAAGCCCGAUACAACUGAUGUGAAGAGAGGGGCUCAGAUAGUGAAAUGUGCCAGUCUGCGGAGAGUUAAGCAGUGAGGCAGGCUGCAGAGUUCUCCACACGAUUCCAGCCCUUCUCCUAAAGCAUCGUACAUGGACACAUGACCCGGCGCUGUCUCUGACCAGUGACCACCUCACAGCAGACAGCCGGAUAAACGGACCUGAGCACCACCAGACCUUCAGCACGCCACCACCGAAGGAUAUGGUUUUACCUGUAGUUUUUAUGACAUUUUUUUUAAAACCAUGAGAAACAUCUACUCUAGGCAAGACGCAUGAUUUCGUAUAAAACUAAAACACAGACCAAAAAAAAAAAGACAAAAAAAUUGAGCAACCAAACGAGCUUCCUGUAUGUGUAUGAGCAUGAGUGACUCCCGCCGCAUGGCCUGUCUUUAACUACGAUACGAGGGGGGGUUUGGGGGACAGGCAUGCAGCACUGAAUAUGGUCAAUUAUGGGCCAAUAAUAAAGUAAGGCGAAAUUUGAAAAAAGGGUUAUGAAAUUUAAAUUGAAAAAAAUAAUGAUAAUAAUAAUAAAGUCAUCUCUAGGCAACAGUU